CCGCUACCCGAAGACCAAGAAACCCCACUUCUGACGAAGAUGCUGUUUCCGACGCCUUAUGAGGUGCCGGAGAAGAAGGCCAAGAAGAAGGCCAAGGGGGCCAAGAGUGGCCCUCGCCGAAAAGGUGCUUCGGACAUGACAUCCGAAGAUGACGAGUCUCACUCGUCCACCGCCGAAGACGAUGACGAGGAGGAGGAGAAAAAAUCUCCCCCUGAUGAGGGGAGGAAAAGGGGGACGACCUCCACAAAUCUGGAGGCGGAGGCGCCCAAGAGGGGGAAGCGCGCCCUCAUGGAUAACUCUGUGUGGGACGUCGACAGCAGUCCAGAGCGACCCCCCCGGACCAAGCCCCGGGCCGCAUCGCCGGCCCACGACAGCCCCCUGUGAUCCUCAUCAGGAGGUUCGCUAGAUUCAAAGGCGAUGGCCCGUGAGUCUUCGCCGGCCGCUCGUUCUCCUCCGGCCAAGGGUGACGACGAGGUGGUGUCCCAAAGGACCUUCGAAGGCCAGGGAGAGGUUCAGGAGGCCGUCAGGGUGGCGUCAGAGGAUGAUUCCUCGACCGCCGGACACAUGGGGGAGGAAGCCCCCAUGGGGACUGGCGAUGGGGGCCAUAUACAAUUCGGCCCCCAGCCGAAUACCCUUCCGGAGACCCAUAGGGUUCUGGAGUCAGGCGAGCAGCCUUCCCUGAAAGGAGGAGGGAUGCCUGCUCCGCCGGUGACCUCUAUCCAACCAGAGGCACCGGAUAAUCUGCUGGUAGCGCUACAAGGCGCUUCCAUUGUGGAUGAACACCGUAUCCUUAUGGGUACGGUGAU